CGAGAGUGGAGAGAAGAAACCUGCACAAGAAUUUGGUCCACAAUAAAGAAAAAAAAUAAUAAAGCGGUGUGCUUUGGUUGUAAGCGAGAGCAAGGGAUCUAAUUCUCCAUUUCUUUUGCCAGUUUUUUUAACCAAAAUUUUGACUACCAAAUCGGCGCAAACGGAGAAGGAGAAGAAGGAGAAGGGGAAUUCAGCCAUGGGGGUUACCUUCGAGAUCCCGAAUGAGUACGGCUUCGUCGUUCUCGUCCUCGUCUCCUACGUCGUCCUCAAUGCCUGGAUGGCUAUCCAAGUCGGCAAGGCGCGCAGGAGGUACAAUGUGCCCUAUCCCUCCCUGAUCGAGUCGGAGAACAAGGACGCCAAGCUCUUCAACUGCGUCCAGAGGGGGCACCAGAACUCGCUGGAGAUGAUCGCGGUGUUCUUCGCCACGCUUCUGGUGGCCGGGCUGCAGUUCCCGGUCGCCGCCGCGGGGAUCGGCGCAUUAUACACGGUCGCGCGAUGGUUCUACUUCAAGGGAUACUCCACUGGCGUGCCGGAGAACCGCCACAAGAUCGGGUGGCUUAGCUUCUUGGCGAUCUGGGGGCUUAUAAUCAUCACGGCGGCGAUGGGGAUAAGCUUGAUCGUGCGGGAUCUGCUGUGAUGCGGCUUUGGUUUCUUGGCGGUGCAAUGAGCAUAUUGUUCGUUUUUUUAUAUUUUUUGAUGUCAGGUAACGACCAUAUGGUGUUCGUUUUGUUCCUUCCAUCUGCAAUCGAUGGUUUAUGUUUGAUUCGGUUCGUUUCCA